GUUCUCGACUGCCACACUUCCCACAUUGCUGUCAAGUUCGCUGAGAUCUUGACCAAGAUCGACAGACGUUCUGGUAAGGAACUUGAGAAGGAGCCUAAGUUCUUGAAGAAUGGCGAUGCUGGUAUGGUUAAGAUGAUUCCUACCAAGCCUAUGGUUGUUGAGACCUUCUCUGAGUACCCACCAUUGGGUCGUUUUGCUGUGAGGGACAUGCGUCAGACUGUUGCUGUUGGUGUCAUCAAGAAUGUCGACAAGAAGGACCCAACCGGUGCCAAGGUGACCAAAGCUGCUCAGAAGAAGAAGUGAGGUUGUGCUUUUGAUGGGAUUCUGCUUGGAUGAACUAGUUUUGUUUAUUUGCUUCAGUUUUUUCCAAUUUUGUUUUGGACAUUUAACCAGUGCUGGAUAUGGCUCAAGAAGCUAUUGUCAUGGUUCUCUAGCCUCUUUUGAGGAUAGUGGAGUAAUUGAGCAAUUUGGUCCCGAGCCAAAUUGCUUGAUGGGCAAUGACAAUAGCUCUUUGGUGGUUAUUUCUUUGCCUGGUUUUAUAUCACAUUUUAUGACGAGCUUUAGUUGGUGAAUUAAUGAACUUGUUUAACUUUGUGAAUUUUGAGCAAGUUUUAUAUCACAACAUGUCACUUUUGUCUGUUCUCCUCAA